UCGUCUUCCCCACCUGCCACCGGCCACGCUGCAUGCAAACGGCCGGCCGUGCGUCCCGGCGCCAGGUCUUUAUGCACGCCGAUCGACUGCGCCAUCCAGAGCCCAUCGAGCAGCUCAGUCCAUUUCGAUCGCCUUCGGCUCUUCGCCUCCAUCGCAUCGCGACCUGCUAGCCUCCCGAGCUCACCAACUCCGCAAAUCGCAAGCGACCGACCGACCGCCAUGGAGGCCCAGAACCACGAGGUGGCCGCCCUGGUGGAGAAGAUCUCGGGCCUGCACGCCGCCAUCGCCAAGCUGCCGUCGCUGAGCCCGUCGCCCGCCGUCGACGCGCUCUUCACCGCCCUCGUCGCGGCCUGCGUCCCGACGAGCCCCGUGGACGUGUCCCGGCUCGGCCCCGACGCGCGGAAGAUGCGGGAGGAGCUCAUCCGCCUCUGCUCCGACGCCGAGGGCCAGCUGGAGGCGCACCACGCAGACGCGCUCGCCGCCUUCGACAACCCGCUCGACCACCUCCACCGCUUCCCCUACUACCGCAACUACAUCGACCUGAGCCGCCUGGAGAACGACCUCCUGGCGCGCCACGUGCCCGGCAUCGCCCCCGCCCGCGUCGCCUUCGUCGGCUCCGGCCCGCUGCCCUUCAGCUCGCUCGUGCUCGCCGCGCGCCACCUCCCCGGCGCGCUGUUCGACAACUACGACCGGUGCGCCGCCGCCAACGAGCGCGCCAGGAAGCUGGUGCGCGCCGACGCGGGCCUGUCCGCGCGCAUGUCGUUCCGCACGGCCGACGUCGCGGACCUGACGGAGGAGCUCGCGGAGUACGACGUGGUGUUCCUGGCCGCGCUCGUGGGGGUGGCGGCCGAGGAUAAGGCGAGGGUGGUGGCGCACCUUGGCCGGCACAUGGCCCCCGGUGCGGCGCUCGUGGUGCGGAGCGCGCACGGGGCGCGCGGGUUCCUGUACCCCGUCGUGGACCCCGAGGACAUCGGGCGCGGCGGGUUCGACGUGCUCGCCGUGUACCACCCCGACGACGAGGUGAUCAACUCCGUCAUCGUCGCGCGCAAGGUGGCGGACGACGGGCACGGGAGCAAGUGCUGCAAGACGGAGGCCAGAGCCGCCGCCCCGCUGCAGGCGAGGGAGGAGCCGGCGGCCAGGGAGGAGGUGUCCUUCUGAGAGCUCUCACGGGACGGCGAGGCGAGGAAGCACGCUGCCGCACGCAGACUCCUCGUCAGCUGCCGUGAUAGAUGGUACUCCUACGUGGCCAAGUACGUUGGCGUGUUCGCGCAUCUGUGUCGUCCCUGUCGUGUCUUCUUGGUAGCGUGUCGUGAGUUGCAGCCGUGCCACCAUGUGUUCUUGUGUGCUCUGUGUGUCGGAACGAUCACCAUGUCGGAACGAUCAGCCAUGCCACCAUGAAGAAAGACUUGUACGCGUGUGUGUGGAAAAUAAGAGCAAUUUUGUCUCAGAAAAAGGAGAACCAAAAUUGGAACAAUGAUGCCUGAAAUUGUAGCGACCA